AUUGACUCUACGAGAUUUAAAGAAGAUACUGUGGCCUACUGUAUAAGGCAGAACAAGAUUGUUGUCGUGUCAAAGAGGGUGCAGAUUUCCUCAUAGGCACAUUAUCAUGUCUACAGAAUCUCCCAGCUCCACAUGUACUCACAGUGCCAACAGGUCCCUGACAACGACACCAGCCCCUCAGAUCUCCUCCCUACGCACCUGUGAGCCUCCAGGGUCCUCCCUCCAGCAGAUGGUGCACUCACAGUGUGAUGACAGCAGUUCUGUGUCAUUUACCACUGCCCAGCGUGAGAAAGAAAGCACCACCUACAGACAGAGAAAUGCCGCUGCAGAGACCUGCAGGAGGCACAGCAUUGAUGGAGCCAUGGUAACACAGAGUCAAAGGUCAAACUUAGGGUCAGUGUCAGCUGACUGCUUCCACCCCUACCGUCGUCAGUUCAGCAACGGUGGGGUUGCCACGGGUUGGCUGGCCCCUGGUCCCCCUGGGUCUCAUCCCUUCAUCAGUCUCAGAGAGGUGGAGUCUCCAGAUGGCUUCACAGACACAUCUACCAGUGAGGAACAGACAUGCUGGGAUACAUACAACGGGAGUUUCCAAGCUUCCAGACUGAUGCAGGGCUCCCAGCACUCUUAUCCAGAACCACUGGCUGCACCCAAGGAACCUUCCUGCUUCCUGUCCCAAGGGCAUGCCUCCUACAGCCCCCCAGCCCCACUGCAGCAGUUCUCACCAGGUGUGUAUUCUACCGGUGGAAAAUCCAAAAGUUGUCAGUACUCUCUCCAGUGCCUCUCCACUCCAACCCAUCAGGACAGUAGCAUGCAGUCCCUCUUCCCCAAGCCCAUCUACUCAUACAGCAUUCUGAUCUUCAUGGCUCUGAGGAACAGUAAGACAGGGAGUCUCCCGGUUAGUGAGAUCUACAGGUUCAUGACUGAACACUUCCCCUACUUCAAGACGGCUCCAGAUGGAUGGAAGAACUCGGUCCGCCACAAUCUGUCUCUGAAUAAGUGCUUUGAGAAGGUGGAGAAUAAGAUUGGCAACUCUUCCCGCAAGGGCUGCCUGUGGGCCCUCAACCCAGCCAAGAUAGAGAAGAUGCAGGAGGAGCUACACAAGUGGCGCCGCAAAGACCCCAUCACUGUCCGCAAGAGCAUGGCCAGGCCAGAGGACCUGGAUCGCCUGUUGGGGGAAAGACCAGGGAAUCUGAAAUCUUUACCUUUUUACCACCAGACCCCACUGGCAAGAUCCACCACAAACUACAACCCUACCCCUUCCUCCUUCACUUCAUCCCAGCCUCCAGAGCCCUGUCGUCCUCUCCAACAUCCCCUCUACCCCCACGUCCCCCCUUCCACCCUGACAGUCAACCAGCACCCCCGCUACAUGUCCCAGACCACCCCCCACCCCUUCUCCUUCUACUCCCCCUGCGGACAGCAGCCUCCAUCAGGUAUCCCUCCCAAUGUGGGUACCUUGGGUUCCCCUUUGGUGGGGCAGACACCCUCCAACUGUAGCGCCACCAUACAGGCAGAGUAUAAAUUUGGGCCCAGGAGCAUGCAGGAGCUACAGCUAGAGGGAGAUGCUAGUAAUGAUAUCGACACGCUCAACCCCAGCUUGACUGACCUGCAGCUCCACGGUUACUUGUGGGAGGAGCUGAGAGAGGACAGCCUGGCUCCUGAUUCGCUGGUAGCAAUCAGUCCCUCCUCGUCCCCCUCAUCUUCCCAGCCAACACACUUCCUCCUGGGGUCAAGUCUGAGGAGCACCUGUCCUGUCAACCAGACAUCAGAGUUGAUCUCUGUCGGGCUGGGGAAGGAGGAGGAAGAAGAUGAGGAGGAGAUGGACGGAGGAUGUGGAGGUCCAUCAGACCUACAUAUUCAUGGACAGUACCACACAGCCUACACAGGUGUGGAGAGUUUAGCUGGUUACCUCACUUCCAUGGGGAACACCCCCAUACCUUUGCUUUGAAGCCCAGGAAUAGACUGGGGUUGUGAAGGUCAAGACUUAUCACAAUGUAGCAAUGAAACAGUGACAAUAUUGUGCACAGUUUGAUCACAACCAAACAUCAUAUUUUGCUUUGCUUUGAACCUGCAGAGCUCGUUGGUUCAAUUAGUCUACUAUUAGCCUGGAUCAAAUCUGUGAGCGAGUAGGGGUUCAGGUUUUAUCACAAUUGCGUUAACAAUAUGUUUUUAUUCAUGUCAUUGACUGUGGCUGGGUCAAAUUCAAAACUUGACAUUCAUGAGAAUGAAUGGAUCCAAAA